UGAAAAGGCAUAGCAUUUAACAGCUGAUAUAUGAUUAUAAAACUUCCUUUUGUCUUUUUCCUCAUUCAAAUAAAUAAAUAAAUAAAAACAUCCGUCAGAACCUACAUUGAGGUUAGUUCUCCAAACGAAACAAAAUGAGUUUUGAAAACACUCACACCACGAUGGUUAAUUUUGUGGCUGUAAUUCCAAUCAUCGCUAUCUUCUCUACUUUUCAAGUGGAAGCUUAUGAUCUCCUUACCGAGCCGGGCAUUUACACUUACGUUGUCGCCAUAAAAACACCAGCAGGCGUGUGUACGGGCUCAAUAGUGGCUAACGAAUGGGUGUUGACUGCCGCGCACUGUUUUUUCCACAAUAACGAGAGGAUGGAAAUGGAAAAUAUCACUGUAUUGGCAGGCAUAACAAACUAUGAAUACCCAAGAGAAGAAACGGGCCAAGUAAAAUAUGUCUCGGAUAUACAAAUACACCCACGAUUCUGGAGCAACCGGCUGUCGAAGUUCGAUAUCGCUUUGGUUCGAGUCAACGGUUCUUUUGAGUUCAAUGAGUACGUCAGUAAAAUAAAAGUCGCCGAAGAUGGUUGGUCUAACAAGCUAGACUACGAUUGCAACUGCAUGUCAUUCGGAUUCGGUGGCUAUCCGGACAAUGAAUCUUCAAUGAAGGCCUUAAAGGUGUGGAACGUCACUGCUGGCUACGGCCCUGAAAACUGUCCGUGUUCCCGGCGGUUCCAGUACCGACGGCUGGUGUGCGCAAAGAGCGCAGACUACGCCAAACUCUGCAAGGGCGACGACGGCGGGCCCCUGGUUUGCGGAAAUGUCAUCCGCGGAAUCGCACACAUGGUGCGCAACUGGUACGACUGUGGAGAGAAUCCUAUGUAUCCCAUAGAUAAUUGUGUUGGCAGCCCUGAUAGAGGAUUGUCUAUCUACAUUAUGCUUUGUCCCUUCAACAACUGGAUGCACGACGUAGUUCAGGAGCUACCUCGUAUGCCGGCUACUUGCGUGGCGUCCCUCAGGGUUCCAUCUUUGAUCCUUUGUUUUUUCGUUCUCUUUGUAGUGUUAAAGUAGUUAGUAGGUGUUUUUAU